AUGGCAACACCCGUAGGUCAAAUCCCUCUCCGUACCUGUACUGAACACAAGGGGAGACCACUGGAACUAUACUGUGAAACAUGUGAUACACUUGUUUGUCUAAAAUGUCUUUUAUCUACUCACAAAGGCCAUGAUGUUUGUGAACUCAGCGAUAUUACUCCUACAAAGAAACAAGACAUUCAAAACUUUAUUGACAGAACUGAACAAAAUGACCUGGUACAACUUAGGGAAUACAUCACAUCUACUGAUACACUUCUUAAAGACAACAAGAGCAAUUUUGAGGAUCUUUCAAAUAAGUUGAAAAAGCAAACAGACAAAUUAAAACAAGACCUCGACUUGCUGACAGCACAGACACUCUCUCUUUACCACAAAAUGGAGGAGGAUAAUACCAAGCUUAUACAGAAAUACAAACAGGAUCUUGAAAUGUAUAACAAGCAACUCAGACAGCANGCACUCCAGCAUGGUUCUCACAUAGAAAUCUACGACACAGGAUGUGAAAUUCAUUCCCCAAUAAGUCUCCCUGUAAAACCUGUCCUGGGUACUGCCAGUUUCACUCCAAACAAAACCCCUCAACAUCACCUAGAACUGGCCUUAGGGAAAAUUGAUGCCUUAGGUCAAGGUCAAGCUUCAACUGACCAGGAUGGGUCAGUCGGGGCAUCUGGUGGUCAGAAACCAUCCUCUACAUCACAACAGACAGAACCAAAAGGAAAGAAGGCAGUGACUAUGUACAAACUACUGCCACAGACCAAAGUGUUGGAGAAGUGGAAGUCUCCUGUUGUUAUUUAUUCUAUAUGCCCCACCACUGAUGGUCAGGUGUGGACUAGUGGUUACAGUAAAACAUUAACUCUCCUGGACAGGAAGGGGAAAGUAAUACAGGAGGUUAAACACAAAAAUGGCAUCAACAACAUAAGUCUGUCACCAACAACACACACACUGUGGGUCUGUGAUACAGAACACAACAUCAUGGAGCUGGUAUCAGGACGACUGUCACAUAGAUUCAGCACCAAGGAGGAACCCAUGUGUAUCUGUGUUACUGCCU